AUGCUUGUUAGGAAAUCCGCUGAUUGUUUUACAUAUGCAGACGAAACUACAGGAAUACUUCAUGAUGACUUAGAACCAUUAAAGGACGCUUCAACAAGCUUUAUUGAUCAUAACAGUGAUGGUUACACGUCGACAGAUCCGGAACUAACUGUGCGUUCCAGUGAUUUUCCAUCGUCGGUUGCUGUACAAAUGGAUGAUAACGGUACAUCAGCAAUGAUGUCAGCCAGUGCUGUUCAUUCGCCAAAAUCGUUGCAUCGUUGUCGUGUUGCAUUUUCGCCUUCACCGCAACCAAAUAUGGCAAAACAUAUCAUUAAGCGGCAAUUAAGAAAGUUUGCUAGCGAAGCAAACUUUGCUGUUGUCCAUGAAAACACCAACGAUUCGUUGGAAUCAGAAACUGUUCCACUGAAAGGGCACCAACGAAUCUAUACAGUACGACCGAACAGCACAUGCAGUAACAGGAUUAACGGUGGCGGUACACUGUUUGGUCGUAUGGUACGUAGUCGUAAAACGUCGGAGGAAAGUGGCUCUUACGGUAGUGAUGCCACGGUCGCUAGUGGUUCAAUGACGCCAGUAUCUGCUCAUCGAAUGACUUUCAAAAUGCGACGACCAAAAAGUGCCGGUCAGAUGGUGCAUUUCCCAAGUGAACUGAAUGCUUCGGCUAAUUCCGGAACAACACAGUCGUUCGAUUCACUGCAACAACUGACUGUACCGUGCGGUAAUCAAGACGAUCGACGGCCUAGUAAUGUCUACAUUGACGAAGACAGUGCACACGAAUUUGACUAUGAAGAGGGUGAAAUAAAAAGCGAAAAGCAAAAAGCACAAAAAAAAGACGUGUUUGUUGUCACUGAUAUCGUUAUUGCCUUACCGAUGGACAGAUUGAUAGUUAUAUCUGUUAGCUGUUAG